AUUUAAAUGCCUACUAUUCCUAAUUAACCGUAAAGUCAAGCGGGCCCAAAUAUCACCGACGUCAUUCUAUUCUCGCUAUAAAUUAUGGUUGAAGCCUAAAUUUGUUUUGCGAUGAAGCUACUCUCGCUCUGCCUGCAUCGGAUAACACUCAAGAGAAAUUGGUUGCUGCUGAGUAGAGGAAGUUACAUUCUAUCUAAGGUGCUUCACAAUGGCCAAGAAUACUUUCAAGAAGGAACAACCAUUUGAGAAGAGGCAAGCUGAGGCUGCAAGGAUACGUGAAAAGUACAGUGAUAGGAUACCUGUUAUAGUUGAGAAGGCAGAGAAAAGUGACUUACCUGACAUUGACACAAAAAAAUUUUUGGUGCCAGGAGGUCUUACUGUGGGGCAAUUUGUGUAUGUGAUACGGAAGAGGAUAAAGUUGAGUGCAGAAAAAGCAUUGUUUAUUUUUUUGAAUAAUGUGCUGCCACCAACUGGGGCUUUGAUGUCUGCAGUUUAUGAGGACCACAAGGAUGAAGAUGGAUUUCUUUAUCUUACAUACAAUGGUGAAAAUACAUUUGGUUGAGGCUACGAGGCUUCCCUGGAGCUUUUGCAUGGCAAUUUGAUCAGAAUGGAUAUAUAGUGGUCAAUUAAGAUAGAUGGCUAUAAUUAAAUCUCAUUCAGUCUCCUUGAUAAAUGGAUGGUGUAUAUAGUUGCAGUUAAAAAUGAAGCUUCAAAUGCUAUGCAUUAUGAAUAUAUACUCCGUAGAGCACGAAGAUAGCUGUUAAAUUUUGGAUAAUACCAAAAAAGAUUUUGGAGGUUUAACUACAAAGUAUUAUAAAGAUAGUUCUUAUUGAUUA